CCCUGUACCUUGCCACUAUUUGAUUUCAGUCAAGUCCCUACGCGGCGGCUGCUACCAGAGUAUGCCACACAUGAAGUUGAGAUCUUCCUAUCCAGUGGAACGGUGGCUGCCUUCAGUUCUCUGGUGCGCCAGAUGGGUGCUACCGAGUUCCAUGGUCACUUAGCGAUACUGCAAGCCCUUUUGGCACGGCUCCUGGACAUCCGCGAGGGCUGCAUCGGAGUCGCAGAGCCUCAACGUGGAGGGCGCAAAGAAGCCCAACCGCUUCCUCAUUGCUUCAACAUCGAACCUCAGGACACAAUUACUGAGGUCAUCCACCGAGCCUGUCAGACUACCCCGGACACCCUGAAGUAUGGGCCUGGGAGGAUGAACGAUCUUCUCUCUCAUUAUUCAAAGUCACACCCGACUCCUGAACACCCUCUAUUUCAGGUGCAAUUGAUCUAUCAAGAUCACCAUGCUGGCAAUCUCUUCGAGAGUUCUAUCGAGAGUGAUGCUGCAGCUCCCUGCGAUCUCGUUCUAUACCUGACCCGGCAGCGGCCCCGUCUGGAUAUCACCGUUUCGGCCACAAUUUCGAAGAGAAUCGAGCAAAUGUCGCUCGCGAGGCCUGGAGUGGUUGCCGUCAAGGAUGCGGACGGGAACAGCUUCACAUAUAAGCAGAUGCAGCAGCACAUUCAACGCGCAGCAGCUGUUCUUCGCAUAAAUGGGGUUCAAGCCCAGGGCUAUGUCGCCGUAUGUUGCGAGCCGACCAUAUAUGCUGUUUGUCAUCUCUUGGCGAUAUGGCGUAUCAAUGCCAUAUAUGUACCGCUCGAUCCGCAGAAUCCCUUCUCUCGACUCCAACUGAUUUUGAACGACUGCCAACCCGCAGCGAUCAUAUACCACGACCCAACUGAAUCGGUCAUCCGGCGACUGAAUCUCCAUUCAAGUACUCCGGUCUCCAUCGCCGAGAUCUGCCGUGCCCAGACCCAGGCGUGUCCGGACUUGUCCCAGUGCGAAUCUGCAGCUUGUGUUCUUUAUACUAGCGGAUCCACCGGAACUCCCAAGGGAAUCCUGCUCACGCAUGCCAAUCUGCUGCAUCAGAUUCUGGGGGUGCGCCAUCGGUUUCAGAUCGAUUGUGAAACUGCGCUCCAACAAAGCUCACAUGGAUUUGAUGUCUCUCUUGAUCAGAUGCUUCAGCCUCUGGUGGGGGGCGGCACAUUGAUUGUUGCGCCGCGCCGUCUACGUGGAGAUGCUAUUGCGCUGUCUCGGCUGAUGCUGGUCGAGAACGUCACCUACACUUACGCCACACCAUCGGAAUACAUGGUGCUGUUGCGGUACGGAUCGGAUGCUCUGCACCAGCUGACUUCCUGGGGCACUGCCUUUGUGGGAGGUGAAGCCUUGCCACGACAUCUCAUUGAGUUAUUCCACGCCCUGCGGCGACCUGGGCUGCGGCUGAUCAAUCGGUAUGGACCGACUGAGAUCUCGAUUUCGAGCUCAUGUCUUGCGAUCGAUACUUUUGAUCCUGCCUGCAUCAAUCUGCAACCCAUUAGUGUCGGUUGGACCCUGCCCAACUACUCGACUUAUAUCAUCGACCUCGAUGGUGCGCCACUGCCAGUAGGGUUCACUGGGGAGAUUGUCGUCAGUGGUCCGGGAGUUGCCAGGGGAUAUCUACACAAAGAUGCCCUGACCAAACAGAGAUUCCGACCGGAUCCGUUCGCGGACUCCCCAAACAUGAGUAGUGGUUGCACCAUGUAUCGAACCGGUGAUAAAGGCCGUCUGCUCCCUACUGGGGAGCUUGUGUAUCUCGGGCGCAUCGACGGUGAUCACCAAGUUAAGCUGCGCGGCUACCGCAUCGAACUUGACGACAUUGCCAACACGAUUCUGAAGUCUACGGAAGGACGGCUUGCAGAGGCCGUGGUCUCUGUGCGCGGCUUGCACGACGCCGGAGGGGAUCGUCGCUUUCUGACAGCGUUUGUCGUCCCUGUCUGCACGCAGGAACUCGCGGCCGUGAACGAGAUGCUGCAGUUCCUCGACAAGCUCGUUGCCAACCUUCCACUGCCGCCGUACAUGCUACCUCAAGUCAUCGUCCCAGUCGAUGGCCUGCCACGAAACCCCAAUGGCAAGCUAGAUAGACGGGCAGUCGACCAACUACCAUUGCCCUCCAAGAGGCAACAUGCCAUGUCUCCCACGAUCUCGGAUUCCGAACGCUUCGUCAUCUGGAUCUGGGAGCAGUGCUUGGCUCAAUCCGCCCAGACAGCCGUCUGGAGUUCAACGACGGACUUUUUCCAAGCUGGGGGAAACUCCUUGUUGAUGGUGAAGGUGCAAGCUUUCCUACAGCAACACAUGAAGCGAUCGAUCCCUUUGUCCACGCUUUUCCAGUCCAGCACUAUAGGAGACAUGGCCGCGUUGCUGACCGGUGCGUCAACUCCGCCACCCGAGUCCAACAUUGAUUGGGAGCAGGAAACCCUACCCGGGCUGGAAGAGAAGUACAUCUGCGACGGGAGGAGCCCCCAGCUCAGUCCUCUCCACGCAGAGGGAGGCAUUGAGGUGUGUCUGACUGGCGCGACUGGGUUUCUCGGCUCUGCACUCCUGCGAUGCCUGGCGGCGGACCCUCGCGUGGCCCGCAUUCAUUGCAUCCAUCGCCUUACGCUGCCGUCGGUCGCAUCUGCUGCUGGCACGGCCAAGGUAGUCCGCUACAAGGGAGAUCUCACAGCACCCAGACUGGGUCUCGACCGUGGCUGUUGGCAGGAGCUGGCUUCGCGAGUCGACCUGAUCAUCCACAACGGCGCCGACGUCUCGUUCUUGAAGUCGUACCGAUCCUUACACCCGGCCAACGUGCAGUCCACCCGCCACCUCGCCUGCAUGGCCCUACGGCGUCAAAUUCCGCUCCACUUCGUCUCCACGGCCGAUGUGGCCCAAUUGACCGACAUGGACUCCCUACCCCCUCAGUCUGUGGCGCACAGCCUGCCUCCCGCGGAUGGCGCAGACAGCGGCUACGUGGCUUCGAAGUGGGCGAGCGAGGUCUAUCUGGAGAAGUGCGCGGCUCGGUUCCAGCUCCCCUGCGCCAUCCAUCGGCCGACCAACAUCGUGGGCGAAGGCAUGCACGGCACCGAUUUCAUGCAGGGUCUCAUCCAGUGGUCCUUGCGCACACUCCAGGUCCCAGCCCUCCCCCACUGGACGGGCUUCUUCGACUUUGUGUCCGUCACGGACGUGGCGAUGGAGAUC